CAUUUUACCAAGACACGUCAUUCGAGGGGUUCUUAUAGAGUCGGUCUGGUGAUGACGUUGAUAGUGAUGUCCGAGUCGUUCGGACAUGCUCGGUCAUGCUGCUUAUGCAUGGCUGCUGCAUCUGAGCGCUAUCUCCGACAGACUAGGGUGGGCAUGGUUGUUUCGAAAGGCACAACUUGGAAGGAAGUGUUGUUCGGCCAUUCCACAGCGCAGGGAUGGUCUGGACAAGGAUCUGAUGACGCGGAUGGAUCCUGAAAGCCAGAAGUGUUUAUCAUUCACCGGGAAUAGUCUCUGGCAGAUUGAUAAGAUCGGAUCCAAUGAAGCCUUAUCGCCGAAGUGCACGUGCCUUCUCCGACCACAACUCCGAGAGGGGUUCAGUCUCGGACUUCACCAUCUCUUUCUCCUUCUCAACUAUCAAUUUUGGGCCUCGUUCUUAUCAGAUCUUCUCCUUGCGAGCUCCUUGCAGCGACAUUCCCGGGAAUACUACCUCCGAACAUGGACGAUCAUCAGCCGACUACUCCCACUGCACAGCAUUCAGCCUGGAUAGCCCGUCGCAAGCGAAAACCCCUCUCUUGCACGCUCUGUCGACAACGAAAGCUUAGUUGCGACCGAGAGCGUCCGGCUUGUAGUCGGUGUCGGAAUGCUGGACGCGGUGACUCAUGUACAUAUGGAGAGAGGCCUCCAAAUACAAGCAGAAAGGAUGGUUCAAGGUCGGGGAUAAGUGAAGAACCGCGGGUGGAACCUCCGUCUCCGAUUCGUGGUGACACCCCGUCUUCCUCCGCUCCACUCCUAUCAGCCGUCGCAAACAAGCAUAUAUUGCCUUUACCAGCACCAAGUACUGCGCGUAACAAUAUUGCAUGGGGGCUUCCGGACGCUCAUGUCACUGGGGCUGUUGCGGGUUCAGCGCGACCGGCCAUCAAGGCCGACCUGACGGAGUUAAGCAACCCCGAAGAGCCUAAAUCGACCGAGGCGGUCAUUUUUCGGGGAAAGAAUUAUACAACACAGUACUAUGGGAGUACCAAUCCGACGAGUUUAAUCGGGCAUUUUCCUGAGCUCCGGUCUUACAUGCGGGAGAGUAUCAAGCAUCACAAUUCUCUUGCUAGUGUCCAAAAAGAGCUGAAGGAGUUGGAUGUGGGGUGGAAGCAUGAAAAACGUAAUAUUUUGCCCGUCAAGGAUGCGGAGCUGCACCUUGUACUGCCGGACCAACAGUUUAUGGAUGAGGCUAUUGAGCUCUAUUUCAGCACGUUUGAAUCCGUUUACAGAAUAGUGCACAGGCCGACGUUUCAAGCGGAAUACGACCGACUGAGGAAUGACCCGAGAGACGCGAAACCUGCAUUGAUAAUCCUUGUCCUACUGAUGAUGGCGACCGUCAGCGCGGUACUUGAAACUGGUCGAAUUUACAUUGGCAGUGCCAGUCUCGGCCGGGAGCGUGGUACGCUAUGGAUUGAAACGGCAGAGAGAUGGCUACGCCAUCAAAGCAGAAAGAAUAUAUACUUGGCAAUUUGGCAGAUCCGGUGUCUGCUAGUAGUGUCAAAGCAAAUGAAUCGCUACAAGAAGAAACAGAUGUGGUCGGUUGCCGGUGACCUCGUGAGAGACGGUAUGGCAGCGGGUUUCCAUCGUGAUCCUAGGCAUAAGGUCUUAUCGCCCUUUGACCAAGAAAUGAGGCGGCGAUUGUGGGCCACAAUGACUGAAUUGGAGCUACAGGCGUCCAUUGAUCGAGGCAUGCCUUCAGCUUUAGCCGCCAUUCGCAUGGACUGUGCGCCGCCGCUUGAUGUCGACGAUGAAGAUCUGAUGCCUGAUUUCGAGCGGGCACCUGUACCACGACCAUCCGGGGAGUAUACAUCCACUUCUUUUCUAUGCUUGGCUCGGCAAAGCUUUGACUUGCGAGUCUGUCUGAACUCGCGCAUGAAUGAUUUGGAUGUGAACCUGUCAUACGAGGAAGUGACGAGGUACGAAGAGAUGGUCCUGGCAGAACUCAAUAAACUCCCUCGACAAACCGAAACCAGCAACGGUCCAUCCGCCCGGAAACUGGCCGGACUAGCGAGGACCGUUUUAGACCUCCAACUUCGACAGUUUCUGAUAUUGCUGCACGCCCCGUUUGCGAGACAGGCUGAAAGCAAUUCACGAUAUACAGUGUCACGAAUGGUUUGUUUCAAUGCAGCUGCCAGUUUGAUUGAGCAGCAUUGGACCCUUCUUAAAGACAAAAGUCCCAUUCUUCUGCUGCUCAGACACGAUUACUUCCGGGCUGCCCUGAAUCUAGCACAUCACGCUUAUAUUUCAUCGCAAAUUCAAGUAGAUCUCUACUUCUCGGUAAGCCAUGACACAGUCAUGCAAUUCAUCCAAAAAGCCCUGUCUAUGCUUGAAGACAGUAUCGCGUACAUAGGCACGGGAUUUACCUUUCAGUGGUAUAUCUCCGCUGCGUCAUCGUUCCUUCGAUCUCUUGUCCAGACCGAACGAGCAGCGAGUCUUAAACAAGAGGCGACAAAUCAAGUAGUGAAACAGUACUAUCGUGUACUUGCAAGCCAAGAACCGUUUUCUCGGGCAAAGGAAAGUACUUGCCCUUUUCAUUUCCAGCAGUCAAACACGCUGGGUACUCCACUAGACCUACCUGGUGUUAUUGCAAACCCCACAGAGAUGUCCUAUAUUGACAGUCUAUUCUCACAGUCACAAGAGUUGGACCCAUCAGAUGCACCGUUUAGUCAAUAUUUCUUUGGUGAUCCCGCCGCAUGGACAUUUGACAAUCUAUGGGGAGUUGAGUGAUUCAAGCAAACGAUGACAUGUGUCAAAGAUGGAUAUACUGUGUGUUCCACAAUCGAUCAGGGAAAUCAAUGCUUGGGACUCGUCGGAAACUUAGUUUUACUAAGAUACCAUUCCCUCAGAC